CCAAUCAUAUGCGCCUAACUAAGGAAGGUGCUGCCUCUCAUUAAAGAUUGUGGAACAUGGACACAGUUAGCUAGUGAGGCUAAUCUUUAAUCUUAAAACAAUCAUACAUCAGAGGAAAUAACGGUUAUUCUAUUGAUAUUUUCACACAGUACAACACAAUGAUUGACGACUUCGCGAGCCAGGAGGGUGUCCGGUCCAGCGGGGAGCUGUGGACCGAAAUCUGCUCCACUCUCCCGGAGGGGCAAGCUGAAGCAACCCCGGAGAUCAACACGGAGUUUAGAGACUCAUUCCAGCCAGCAGAACAAGACGAAGUGCAGGUCAAUGGGCACUCAAAUGGGACAGAUAUCAGUUCUUCUAACGCCAUAUGGGAACCCAUGGAGGAUUCUGAUAUCUACAUAGCCAGUUUAGAGAAUCGCCUGAAGAAAAUAAAGGGCCAGGAAAGUGACGUGACGUCCAGGGACAUGUUGCGCUCCUUGUCUCAAGCUAAGAAAGAAUGUUGGGAUAGAUUUCUGCACGACCCUCAGACCUCAGAGCUCUUCCAAGGCGGUGACAUGGAUGACAGCGCUAUUGAACACUUCAAGAGGUGGCUGGUUCCUGAGAAGGUGGCCAUCAGCACAGAAGAGCUGGAAUAUCUCCUGAGGCCGUCUCAGAAUAACGAACCGGCUGAACCAAGCCAGACACAGAGCGAAGAGGGACACGCAGGGAGAUCAGCCCAACCCAGAGGAAGAUGACGCUCACAGCCCGGAGAAAUGAGUGUGUCAAAAAUAGUAGCGCUGACAGAAGAACUGAUUUGGCGUGCAUUAAGUAGGGGUGACUUGUUACCCCCCCCCUCGCACAUUUUGAGCUGUGUUAUGUCAUAGCAGUGUUUUGGCCAAAGCUUUUGUUAACAGUGGUCAAAGAAGCAAUUACAGCCCAUCAUCAUCCCCUGUAUCCCCACCAACUGAGUGUUAAGUACUUCUUCAGUCCUCAUUAUUCAUCCCUUCAACACAUCACCCCAUGCAAAUAAAGAAGUUUAUAUUCGA